GUAAUCUCGAUCAACAGAGCAUAUCCUCAAUAAUGGAUCUUCCACAAGCUCCAUCUGGUUUCAAAAUCCUGAUGUUCCCAUGGUUGGCUCACGGCCAUAUCAUCCCCUACCUUGAGCUCUCCAAAAGAUUAUUAUCCAGAAAUAAUUUCCAUUUCUACAUCUGUUCGACAGCCAUCAAUAUAUCUUCAAUCGAAAGCUUCAUCAAAGGCAACAAUUUGGGGGACUCCAUUGAAGCUGUGGAGCUCAAAUUGGAGCCAUCCGUACAGCUUCCACCACCCUACCAUACAACAAAGAAUCUUCCUUUACAUCUCAUCCCCACCCUCCUAAAAGCCUUUCAGACAACCAGAUCAAGCUUUUCCGACAUCGUCGACACGUUGAACCCUGAUUUAAUCAUCUAUGACUUGUUCCAACCAUGGGCUCCCAAACUUGCAGCAUCACGAGGUAUUCCUGCAGUUCAUUUCUAUAUUGCUGGAGCAGCUACAAGGUCGUACGGCUACCACCUACAUAACAAUUACUUCCCAGAACUACAACUGAAUGAUUAUGAGAAGAUGAGUCUUGGUGAAAAGAUAAAGCUAAUCAAUGCUGUCUUUGAAGAGGGGGAGACGUUCAGUGAUAAUCUCGAACUAUCGACUGAAGUUGUCCUGUUGAAGACCAGUUGGAGCUUCGAGGGGAAGUACAUAAACUAUUUCUCCGAUUCUUGCAACAAGAAAAUUUUGCCGACAGGUCCUCUUGUCACGGACGCUAAUUCUUCUUCGGAUGAGAAUUCAGACAUAUUACAGUGGCUAAGCAAGAAAGAUCAUCAUUCGACUGUUUACAUUUCAUUCGGGAGCGAAUACUUCUUGUCGGGGGAAGAAGUCGAGGCAAUAGCAAAAGGGUUAGAGCUUUGCGAGGUGAACUUCAUUUGGGUUCUAAGAUUUCCUCUUGGGGAGGAGACAAAGACCAUAGAAGAGACACUUCCAUUAGGGUUUCUUGAGAGGGUUAAGGAAAGAGGUGUAGUGACAGGAUGGGCACCACAGGCAAAGAUUCUACAACAUCCUGGAAUUGGUGCAUUUCUAAGUCACUGUGGAUGGAGUUCGAUAAUGGAGAGUAUGUACUUUGGGGUUCCCAUUAUAGGGAUGCCGAUGAAAGCCAUUAUGCUUAUCGACGCCAAUAUGUUGGUGGGGUGUGGUGUUUCUUUAAGGAUUCCGAGAAAGGACAAUGAAGGGUAUAUAGGUGAGGACAUAGCAACGGUGAUGAGUGAUGUUAUUUUUGGAAAAAGUGGAGAGAGGCUGAGGCGUAGAGCUGAAGAAUUGAGUGAGAAGAUGAGGAUGGAAGAAGUUGAAGAGAUGGACAUCGUGGCGAACCAACUAUGGAAGAUUUGUUUAGAGAAUCGACCAUAAGAGCAUAUCUUACAAUCACUUUCUUUGUUACAUUCUUAGUUUUAGUUAGUAUCUUUAUUAUAAAAUACGGUUAACAAUGCACAUAUUACAUUCUGUAAGAUCAAAUUCAGACGCCUCGAGAUCUUGUCUAUCGCGCAUAGUUUGUCUAGUGUGACUUAUUUUGGGCUUAAUUUACAAGCUAUUAGAUUUGUGGAUGUGAGU